AUGGAUUGCCUUGACGGAUUCCCUGGGCGGUUCAGGAACUUCAACAAGGACGACUUUGAGUCUGACUGGAUUAAGGUGGCAGAAUGCAGGUUUGGUCAGCUGUACCAGGUCAAACUCAAGCCCCAGCAGAAAAAAUGCGCCUUGAAGAGCUUUGACCAAACCUUGUGUGCAAACAAAUUUUACAGGAAAAUAAUAGAAGAGGCGUCCAACAUAGCCAAAGUUAGAUUCAAGCACAUUGUGUCCAUCUAUGGACUGUGCAGUGAGGCGACUGCUGUGGUGAUGGAGUACAUGACUAAUGGAUCGCUGAAAGAUCUCCUAGCCAGUCACACCUUGAUGUGGCCGAAGAAGUUCCAGAUGAUUCAUGAGGCCUCUAUGGGAAUGAAUUUCCUUCACAGCAUGAAUCCUCCACUACUUCAUCUUAACCUCAAGACAGCCAACAUCCUAUUAGAUGAUCGUCUCCAUGUCAAGAUUUCAGAUUUUGGUGUAAUCUACUGGGAAGAGAGCAUGGGCAAGGAGUUGUUCAUGGAGCAUCUGACAGUAAGAGGAAACAUAAGUUACAUUCCUCCAGAGACCUUCACUCAGUGCCCUGAUACUCCGGGAACUACCUUUGAUGUUUACAGCUUUGGAAUAGUGAUGUGGGAGAUACUGACUCAGCAGAAACCGUAUACAGGGUGCAGUAUGACCACAGUACUCUUACAGGUGUCAAAUGGUAAGAGACCCUGUGUGAAGAUGAUACCCGAACAGAAGCCCAAGGAGUGUGAUAAUAUGAUCGACAUCAUGAGGCAGUGCUGGGACCAGGACCACAGGAAGAGGCCACAGUUCUCAGAAACUGUGAGGAAAAUUGAGGCUCUAAGCAAAGUUCUGAAGAUCCCAGGACCAAUCCAAAUCCAAAACGAUGACGAGGGACAGAAAUCAGAUUAUCCUUGGCUGGUUUCCCCGAUUCAUAAAAUUGCUUUGCCUGAGAUGCCUGACCUUCCCUCAGAUGACCAUUGUGCCAGUGACAGCAUUCUCUCUUUGCUGUGCAAAAAGGAAUUUGGUAGUUUCAGACAUUCAGUGAAAAGAGAGCAUGUAUACAGACAGUUUUCUGGAAAAAAGAGUCUCCUCCACUACACUGUAGCCAGCGGGGAUGCAGAGAGUGUCAAGCAUGUCCUGAGUCUGGGUGCUGGAGUCAACUGUGCUACCGCCAGAGGCUACACUCCUCUUUUUAUUGCUGUUAUGCACAGGCUUCAUGACAUCAUCUCUUUGUUGCUGGAACACGGGGCAGAUACCACCCAGGGAGAUGAGGACCAGUGGACAGCCCUCCAUUUUGCUGCUCAGAGCGGCGACAACAAGACUGUCCGUCUCCUGUUGGACAAAGGAGCUGUGGCAGAAGCUCGGGAAAAAACAGGUUGGAUGCCCCUCCACCUGGCCUGCCAGAACGGCCAUGAAACGGUGGUGCGCCUGCUGCUUUCACGGCUGUCAGAGGAAGCAAUCGGAGAACGGGAGGCACAAGGGAGGACGCCGCUCCAUCUAGCCUCCGCCUUCGGGCAUCUGAAUAUUGCCAAGCUCCUCCUCUCCCAGGGAGCAGAUCCCAACGCGACCGACCGCUCUCUCUCCACUGCUCUUCACCUAUCAGCUGAGAAAGGCCAUAACAGAGUAGUCAGACAGUUGAUGAAUAGUAAAGUAAGCAUUGACAGUGCAGACAGCAGAGGAUACACUCCACUUCACCUGGCUGCUCUGAACGCUCAUACAGGCAUAUGCAGGCAGCUGUUGACAAAAGGCGCCAGCCCAGACUGCAGGAGCCUCCAAGGCUGGACUCCCAUGCACCUGGCUGCCCUAAGGGGACAUGAAGUCACAGUGUUACAGCUGGAGAGCCAGGGUGCUUGUGUGAAUGCUGGAGGUGAGAACGGAUGGACCCCGCUCCACCUCGCCUGCCACCACGGCAAGCCGGAAGUGGUGGCAAAGCUCCUUGCAGCCAAAGCCGAUCCAAACAUGUCAGAGGACAGUGAAGGAUGGACGCCACUACAUGUAGCUUGUUCCAGUGCCAGUUUACCAAGUGUCCUCCACUUGAUAUCACAUCAUGCAGAUGUUAAUGCAGUAAACUCAGGAAAUGCGACACCUUUACACCUGGCUGCCCAGCAUGGCUGUAUGCCUGCUGUGAAGGCUCUGCUGCUGAAUGGUGCAGACAGGACUCUGCUGGACUCUUCAGGAUCCACAGCUCGGAAUGUGGCCCAGAGGUGUGAAAAAUGGGACAUAGUGCAACUACUGGAGAAGUAG